AUGGCAAGACUAGUGGCAGAAAUUGGAUCAUUUUCGUUAACAGCCCCUUUAGAAGCUAUCUGUAGUGAAUCGAUUUUUUACCUAACAAUGAAUGGAGAUGAAAAAAUAGAGAACGAAAAAAAAAGUGGUGAAUGUUUUGAUGGAAUGUUCGAGGAAUGCCAGCCCGGAAGAGCGAUAUUGUCAAGAUUCUUACUUCAUGAUAUCGAGGGUUUCUACUCCUCCUUGACUAUGGAAAGUGGCUAUAAUACUAUUAUCGGGUUAAAGGCAUUAAAAGCUUUAAACAUCAAUCAAGAAUCAUUACUAGAUUUUACUCAGGAAGAAAUUGCAAAUAAUAUUAGAAUAUUGAAAAUGAAACUCAGUUCACCUAUGUCUGAUGCGGAUGAGAAUCUUUACGGGGCUAUUAAAAAAAAGUAUUAA